GAUUUCUCCUACACAAUGUGUAACGAUUUCUCCUACACAACCACAUUGUGCAUCAUCAUUCACAUCCCUGUCCCAAUAUGGCUGCCACCCAUGCAUGUUUGAGGCGUAGAAUAUACGGCCGUUGUUCACGAUGUGCGCGGACCCCGCUGCCCAGCGCUUCUCAAAAGCAUUUGUGUCCAUGACUGCCGCCAAUGGGAAACACAAAGUAUCUUUCUUCUUUUUCUCGCAUUGUUUUCAUUGGUUUUCGCUUGCAGUUAUUCCUUUGUCAUAAUUCAUCGACCGUAUUGAGAACAGCUGCUGGCAGCAAACAUGACGUUCAAACCCGUGAUAUACUGGCGGACGCCAGCGAUCAUGAUCGGCUCGUUACUGUCCGGCAUAGCACUUGCGCUUGGUCAUCACUUCCUUUACAACGGACUGGUCGGAACUCCAGUACACGACGACACUCGUGACAUCGCAGGGUUCGGAGUGUCGUCACAACAACUGAACAUCGCCGCGGGUACGGCUUUGUCUUUUCUCAUCAAAGUCUGCUUGGUCUUGUCGGUGACCAUUGCAUACACGCAGGCCUUCUGGAAGGCCAUUGGAAAGUCAGAGACAAGAAUUCACACGAUCGAUGUCAUGGACUCGGCAUUGGAGAACAUCUGGAUGUUCUUGAAGAUGCACAUUUGGUGGCACUAUCCACUGUUGCUCACUCUGGGAUUGUCUGUUUGGUUCAUCCCGAUUGCAUCGACCAUCACUCCAGCGACCUUAUCGGUUGUUAUCGCUGCGCCAAAUCCGCUUCCAAUGGCGGCGUUACAAGUGCCGCAGCUAGACUUCAAAAGCCUGAAGUUCAUUAAUCCAGGUCUCUUUCAUUUCGGUGGCAGACAAGGAGAUGUUGGAACGCAGAUGAUGCUGUACAAUGGACCAUCGAUCAUAACGCAACGUAUCGUCAAAACGACAGCUGCUCUGGGAUCCAUCCUCUCCAUUCCUGCUCCGGGUACAAAUGCGAGCUACGAGAUGUCCUUCCCAGGCCCGUACCUUUCAUGUGAGAAUAUGAACGAUACUUUUCAGCUACAAGUCCAGAAGAAUAUCCUUUUGAAUUACGCAAACGGAAGUCUUUGCCAGGAGUGGUACAAUUUCCUUUCCUGGACGUCGUACUCUGGUAAUCACGACAAUACGGACAACCUACCCCAGCCGCUUCCUUUCGACGAGACAAAGCCCUUCGCGAGAAAUAUCGGCACGCUCGGACCAUUAUCUUGGACACCGGUCACUGAGAACAAUGAUACCGCUACAAUAUAUUUUGCGGUGAUGCCUCGCAUGCUUGGCUCAGAUACCGCUCGAUGUCCUGCCCUGGAGCGUGUUGACGAAUACUACAACCUCUUCAAUAUGUUCAAGAAUUCGACUUUUCUCCAAUGCAAAUUAUCGAACACGACUUAUCAUGCCAAAUUCAAUUUUACGGGGGGUCACCAAACUGUGGACCUUGAGUUUCGCAAUCUCAGUGACAGCAAGCCUGUACCUGCGCUUGAGAUAGCGUAUCUCAAUUUCGGCAAGCAUCAGGACAACGAGGGCAAAAUGGUGACCGAUCAUUGUGAAACAGUUGGACAACAGCGCUCAAGCUACGUGAAUUGUGCAAUCAACACUACGACACUCGAAACACUCUCUUUCCAGGCGGUUAUGGACAGCUUUGGAUCUUUGCUUGUCGGUGGUGUGCGCACAGGUAACAAUAUCGGGAAGAAGACCAUAAUCACAUCAACCAACCUUUUGACAACAAGUCUCAUGUCAUCACGCGAGCUAGCGUUCAUGUCCACUGGUGCAAGCUGGCGAAACAAUUCUCUUGACUCUUUUCCUGCGACGGAUCGCUUCACUUCGAUGAUGCCCAAGGACCCACCUAUCAAGGACAUUUCUCUUGCGAGAAACCUGGAACAGCUCUUUCAAAACAUCACGGUCAGUAUGAUGAGCUCCGAGAUCCUACAACGAUCCAGUACCGAUAAUUCAUCGCUUUUCUCGCCGUCAUCUGUGAACGUUACAUUCCACACAUUGCAGAACGUCUAUGCCUACUCCGCAUUGACACUAUGGCUUUCCUACGGAAUCGCCAUUCUUGUAACGACAUUCGCCGUCUUGGUAGGCAUGGGUUGCAUUCUGUCAUCCGGAGCUGCCUGGUCUAUGGACUUCUCUACGAUCUUACGCACGACCCGAGACGCCGAUAUGAGCGCACACCUCGCAGAAGACGACGGCGAUGGGCGAGCGCCCUUGCCGAAGCACUUGAGGAAUGCGACGAUCAAAUUCACGAGUGGCGUCUUUGCAAAACGACAUGGAACGAUAGAUUUUGUGAAGGAAGGCAGCGAAAGUGUCGUGCAGAGGCGCUGGAAGCAGGCAGUCUUCGGCAUCCGCAGGACGGAUUCAUGA